AUGGCUCUACUUCCUUCACGCCUCAGAUCGACCGAGUUUGGUCCACUCUUUCGUUUACUGGACGAUUACGAUACGUACCGGGGAGGCGAAGGCACCGUAUCCUCCACCCGUACGUUUACACCCAGAUUUGACGUUAAAGAAUCAAACGAUGCCUAUGAUCUUGACGGUGAAUUGCCUGGGAUCGACAAGAAAAAUGUCCACCUUGAAUUCACGGAUCCGCAGUCCCUAACCAUCUCGGGAAAAGGCGAAAAGAAUGAGCAAAAGGUCGAGGAGCAUGAGCAUGGUUCGAAGUAUUGGAUAUCCGAGAGAUCCAGAGGAGAGUUUCAUCGAACAUUCAGCUUCCCUGCCCCGGUGGACCCAAAUGCGGUCAAAGCCAGCAUGAACCACGGCAUACUCUCUGUUCACGUCCCGAAGACGUCUGCCAGCGCUGCAAAGACGAUUACUAUCGACUAG